AUGUACUACAGCUCAACGGAGUCCGUACGCCUUUCUGUUGGCGUGGGGGACCUGUCCGUUGGCGUGGGGGACCUGUCCGUUGGCGUGGGCGACCUGUUCGUUGGCGUGGGCGACCUGUUCGUUGGCGUGGGGGACCUGUUCGUUGGCGUGGGGGACCUGUUCGUUGGCGUGGGGGACCUGUCCGUCGGCGUGGGGGACCUGUCCGUUGGCGUGGGGGACCUGUCCGUUGGCGUGGGUGACCUGAUCGUUGGCGCGGGCGACCUGUUCGUUGGCGUGGGCGACCUGUUCGUUGGCGUGGGGGACCUGUCCGUUGGCGUGGGCGACCUGUUCGUUGGCGUGGGGGACCUGUCCGUUGGCGUGGGGGACCUGUCCGUUGGCGUGGGGGACCUGUCCGUUGGCGUGGGGGACCUGUCCGUUGGCGUGGGCGACCUGUUUGUUGGCGUGGGCGACCUGUUUGUUGGCGUGGGCGACCUGUUUGUUGGCGUGGGGGACCUGUCCGUUGGCGUGGGGGACCUGUCCGUUGGCGUGGGCGACCUGUUCGUUGGCGUGGGCGACCUGUUCGUUGGCGUGGGCGACCUGUUCGUUGGCGUGGGCGACCUGUUCGUUGGCGUGGGGGACCUGUCCGUUGGCGUGGGGGACCUGUCCGUUGGCGUGGGGGACCUGUCCGUUUGCGUGGGGAACCUGUCCGUUUGCGUGGGGCAACUGUCCGUUUGCGUGGGGCAACUGUCCGUUUGCGUGGGGCAACUGUCCGUUUGCGUGGGGCAACUGUCCGUUUGCGUGGGGCAACUGUCCGUUUGCGUGGGGGACCUGUUCGUUGGCGUGGGGGACCUGUUCGUUGGCGUGGGCGACCUGUUCGUUGGCGUGGGGGACCUGUCCGUUGGCGGGACCUACCUGUCCGUUGGUGUAGGGGACCUGUCCGUUGGCGUAGGGGGCCUGUCCGUUGGCGUGGGGGGCCUGUCCGUUGGCGUGGGGAGCCUGUCCGUUGGCGUAGGGGACCUGUUCGUUGGCGUAGGGGACCUGUUCGUUGGUGUGGGGGACCUGUUCGUUGGUGUGGGGGACCUGUUCGUUGGUGUAGGGGACCUGUCCGUUGGCGUAGGGGACCUGUCCGUUGGCGUAGGGGGCCUGUCCGUUGGCGUGGGGAGCCUGUCCGUUGGCGUAGGGGACCUGUCCGUUGGCGUAGGGGACCUGUUCGUUGGUGUGGGGGACCUGUCCGUUGGUGUGGGGGGCCUGUCCGUUGGUGUGGGGGGCCUGUCCGUUGGCGUAGGGGGCCUGUCCGUUGGCGUAGGGGGCCUGUCCGUUGGUGUGGGGGACCUGUUCGUUGGUGUGGGGGACCUGUCCGUUGGCGUGGGGAGCCUGUCCGUUGGCGUGGGGAGCCUGUCCGUUGGCGUAGGGGACCUGUCCGUUGGCGUAGGGGACCUGUUCGUUGGCGUAGGGGACCUGUUCGUUGGCGUGGGGGGCCUGUCCGUUGGCGUGGGGGACCUGUUCGUUGGCGUGGGGGACCUGUCUGUUGGCGUGGGGGACCUGUCUGUUGGCGUGGGGGACCUGUCUGUUGGCGCGGGGGACCUGUCUGUUGGCGCGGGGGACCUGUCUGUUGGCGCGGGGGACCUGUCUGUUGGCGCGGGGGACCUGUCCGUUGGCGUGGGGGACCUGUCCGCUGGCGUGGGGGACCUGUCCGUUGGCGUGGGGGACCUGUCCGUUGUCGUGGGGGACCUGUCCGUUGGCGUGGGGGACCUGUCCGUUGGCGUGGGGGACCUGUCCGUUUGCGCGGGGGACCUGUCCGUUUGCGCGGGGGGCCUGUCCGUUUGCGCGGGGGGCCUGUCCGUUUGCGCGGGGGACCUGUCCGUUUGCGCGGGGGACCUGUCCGUUUGCGCGGGGGACCUGUCCGUUUGCGCGGGGGACCUGUCCGUUUGCGCGGGGGACCUGUCCGUUUGCGCGGGGUACCUGUCCGUUUGCGCGGGGUACCUGUCCGUUUGCGCGGGGGACCUGUCCGUUUGCGCGGGGGACCUGUUCGUUUGCGCGGGGGACCUGUCCGUUGGCGAGGGAGACCAGGCCCUUUGCGUGUUGGACCUGUCCGUUGGCGUAGUAGACCUGUCCGUAGGGGACCUGGCCGUUGGCGGCUCCUCCCACCGAGACGACCGCCGGUCGCCCCACGGUGCGAAGCACGGAGGCGAUGCCCCCCGCCGCCACUCUGCAACGUCCACGAGGCUGUCUCUGUAG